AUGGUUGACGACGAAGAGGUGUCGGAGGAAGAUGAGGAGGAGCACGCCGUGACGAGCAUCAUGGGACUUCGAGACCGGGAUUCAACCAUCCAGUACAUCGAAAAGCAUCCGGACCAGUCGACUCCGUACGCCGCGUUCGUGUCAAAGGACAUGCCAAGCAUCAAGCUGCUGGGAGACAACCACAAGGACGACUGCGCGUUCCACGCACUGCAGAUGGCCUUCGAGCUGAUGGGAGGAUUUGAAAAAACAUCCGUCAGAAUCAAUUUAAAGGGACGGGAACAGGCCCUUAUGGCGUCGCUCAGCUCGCGUGGCGGGACCAAGACCCAUUUGAAGAUGGAGUGUAUCUUGUACGGCGUCACCCAAGGCAUCAUGACGCAAACAUGGAUGCGGACAAUCUGUUUUGUUCGGCGGGUCAUGGUCGAAUUGGCGUGA